AUGUUGGAAAAUGAGCUCUAUUUCAGGCAGAAAUGCAAUUUUCCAAAUUGUGUAGGCGCUAUUGAUGGGAAGCAUGUUUAUAUCAAAUCACCUCCCAACUCAGGUUCAGACUAUUUUAACUAUAAGAAAUCGUUUUCGUUAGUACUACUUGCUGUUGUCGAUGCAAGAUAUAAAUUCAUUGCAAUAGACGUUGGAUCAAAGGGACAUUUCAGUGAUGCAGGAAUAUUUAGCAACUCUGCAUUGGGAAAGAAACUAAAAGAUAAUUCAUUAUUUCUACCAGAAUCCAAAUCUUUAGAAGAAGGUGGUAUGGAAAUGCCUUUCAUAUUUGUUGGUGACGAAGCAUUUCCACUGCUUCCAAACUUAAUGAGACCAUACCCUCAAUCGCAACUAAAUAAUCAGAAAAGAAUAUAUAACUAUCGUCUAAGCAGAGCACGGCGAGUUCUUGAACAAGCGUUUGGAAUACUAGCAGCACGAUGGCGAGUAUUUCAUACUGCAUUUGUUUGUAAUAUCCACACAGUUAACAAAGUUAUUAAAGCGGCCUGUGUUCUGCAUAACUAUUUGAGUGGAGAUAACGAAAUUCAGACUGAAAACAGUAUUAACAGUGUGUUGCGUCCUUUGCGACUAGGAGGCAAUAGCCCUUCUAUUACAGCCUAUCAGAUAAGAAAAGAAUUUUCCAAUUAUUUUAACGGCAGUGGUAGCGUACCUUGGCAAAAUACAAGUGCCCAUAUAAAUGAAAAUUAA